AUGGGCAAAGGUGGCUCUCUCAGCGAAGGCGUCAUCAGAAAGAUCCUCCUUUCCUACACCUAUGUCGCGAUUUGGAUCUUCCUCAGCUUCACCGUCAUCGUCUACAACAAAUACAUCCUCGACAAGAAGAUGUACAACUGGCCCUUCCCAAUCUCCCUCACCAUGAUCCACAUGUCCUUCUGCGCCUCCCUCGCCUUCGUCCUCGUCCGCGUCUUCAAGCUCGUCGAGCCAGUCACCAUGUCCAGAGAUCUCUACAUCUCUUCCGUGGUGCCCAUUGGAGCUCUCUACUCUCUUUCCCUCUGGCUCUCCAAUUCUGCUUACAUCUAUCUCUCUGUGUCAUUUAUUCAAAUGCUUAAGGCGCUCAUGCCUGUGGCCGUUUACUCAAUUGGGGUUUCGUUAAAAAAAGAGAGCUUUAAGACUGAUACCAUGGUGAACAUGGUCUCGAUCUCAAUUGGGGUCGCCAUUGCUGCUUAUGGGGAGGCUCGAUUUGACACCUGGGGUGUGAUUCUGCAGCUGGGUGCUGUUGCUUUUGAGGCCACAAGACUUGUCCUGAUCCAAAUCUUGCUCACAUCUAAAGGCAUCACCCUGAACCCAAUUACCUCUUUGUAUUAUGUUGCUCCUUGUUGCUUGGCUUUUUUGUUUGUGCCUUGGAUCUUUGUUGAGUACCCAAUUUUGAGGGACUCUUCCAGCUUCCAUUUUGAUUUCCUGAUCUUUGGGACCAAUUCUCUCUGUGCAUUUGCUUUGAAUCUGGCUGUUUUCUUGCUUGUUGGGAAGACCUCUGCUUUGACCAUGAAUGUGGCUGGUGUGGUGAAAGAUUGGCUUUUGAUUGCUUUCUCUUGGUCUGUCAUUAAGGACACUGUGACCCCAAUCAACUUGUUUGGUUAUGGCCUUGCAUUUUUGGGUGUUGCCUAUUACAACCACUCCAAAUUGCAGGCUCUUAAGGCCAAGGAGGCGCAGAAGAAGACAGCACUGGCCGAUGAGGAGGCCAAUAGGCUUUUGGAGGACAGGGAAGGUGAAGGAAUUGGGAAGAGGAACGAAUCCCAGAAUUGA